GGGAGGGGAAGGGGGGCGGACGGACGGGCCCAGGGAGUCGCGGCCCGCAGCCAUGGAUGCGCACAGCCCCGCACACGGCCCCGCACACGGCCCCGCACACGGCCCCGCACGGACCCCGCCCGGGGCCGGGAACCAGCUGAUAGAUAUUCAAUGGAAACUGGGUAUGGCUGUGAGUUCAGACAGCUGCAGGUCCCUUAAGUACCCUUACGUCUCAGUGACGCUAAAGGUAGCGGAUCAGUCCGGCCAGAUAGUAAACAAGUCCUUUGAAAUGACAGUUCCACAGUUUCAGAAUUUCUUCACCCAAUUUAAGGAAAUGGCUGCUAUUCUUGAGACAGUGUGAGAACAACUGGCUUUGGUUUAAUCUCUGUAACAUUUUACAAAUGAACUGCUUCAUUUGAUGAAAAGAAGCUCUUGUAGGAUGAAAGGCUAUUAGCUUCAUGAAAAAUGUAUUUUUUUUAAAUUACAACAGAUUCUUCUAAUGAAGGCUGAUCAAAAAGUCCAGCCUACUAAUGAUAUAGCCACCUUAGUGUAACCCAAUUUUAUCCUUGAAUAAAUGUUGGAAUUGCCUUGUCUGCUUUA